AUGGUGAUAGGGGAGGUAAUUGUGUACUUCUGGCUCACCGCCUUCUUCCUCCUCGUCGCCCUCAUCGUUCUCGUCAUCUACCAGCUUAUGUGUUUGGCCGACCUAGAAUUUGAUCAUAUCAAUCCUUAUGACUCAGCCUCACAAAUAAAUAAAGUGAUAUAUCCAGAGUUUGGUUUGCAAGGAUUUUUGUGCCUACUCUUUCUCUUCUCUGGAAAUUGGUGGAUGGUUUUGCUUUCUGUUCCAUACCUUUACUACAAUGCAAGAUUGUACCAGAGGCGGCAACAUCUGAUAGACGUUACGGAGAUCUUUAACCAGCUCAAUCAAGAAAAGAAAAGACGCCUCUUCAAGCUCAUCAACCUUGUUAUCCUUCUCUUCCUGUCGUUAUUCUGGAUGAUUUAUAGCAUAUUGGAAGACGACGAAUAGUUGCCAACACUCUGAGCUUCCACUUCUUUCAUCAUCUGAUAAUUCAUUAUUUGUCACUGCAAUUGCAAUCGACGUGAAUUAGCUGUUCAUUCGGUCUCUCUUUUUAGUAAUGAGAUUUGUUCGGGAAAUUGGUGAUCUUUGACAACCAGAACAACAAAGUGCAGCUUUCAAUUGGUUGUGUUCCUCUUCGAAAAAUUUGUACCAUAUCAGGUACUUGUAAUCUUCUAUCGGAUGAUCUUAUUUCAAGGGUGGGUGCUACAAAACUUUGUAAACUAGAGAUUACUUAAUUCGGGACCAAUCUCCUAGUGGUCCAUAUUUUUGUGGAUCAGGAGAUGGAUCACAUGAAAUUACGAUGGAAUCGUGAUGGCCA